CUAAAACACCCGUGUCUCGGUAACUUUACAUCCAAGCUAAUAUAUACACUAUGUAGGAGUAAUCAGCAGCUAACUUUAAGGGCGACGUGCGGACAUUGAGCCUUCCGGGGACAUAUGAGGAGAAGAUCAGACACCUGGGAAAUGGUCUGAGUAACUUUAUCCGUCUGAAAUCUCUGGAUCUCUCCUGUAAUGCACUCGUUUCAGUUGAGGGUGUGCAACAUUUAAAAAUGCUACAGAGGCUGAUCCUCUACUAUAACUGCAUACCUUCUCUUGAAGAAGUGAAAGUACUGUUUGAGCUGCCAUCGUUAAAAGAGUUGGACCUCAGGCUCAACCCUCUGGCCAAAAAUAAUCCACAGUACCGCCUUUACUUGGUGCAUGCCAUGCCCACCCUGCGCAAGCUAGAUAGCUGUUCAGUCAGAGAUGCUGAGCGUAAAUCUGCCUUGAUGCAGUUCUCUUCUGAACUUCUUCCUCAGCAGAUGAGCUUCUCUUUGAAUCUGAUUGAUGAUCGAAGAAGCAGUGAUCGCAGACCAGCUUUAACUGACCGCUUAACCAAGAGCCUUUCUGUCCUGACCGACACUCGUGAUAUUGAGCUGAACUUUGUUGCCACAAAUGAUGGAGAGCAAAGUGAAGCUGUCUCUGUGUCAUUUCACAAGGAGGCCGAUGGUUUCAAAGAGAAAGUUUCUGAAGAUUUUAGAAAACAGAUGAGCUCAACUCCCAAACAGGAAACUGCUAAAUCCAUCCUCAGGUAUCCACUCACUAAAACCGAUAACAGUGAGUCCAAAGGGUCACAGAUGAAAGAUCUGUCUCAUCAAAAAAGCUGCACCUCAAUAAAAGUGCCUGAAAGACCAAAAGUGUCCUUUGGCCCCUACAUAGAGCAACGUAGACCUGCUCAUGGAAACCCAAAGCAAAAGGACUCUCCCAAACAAACCAGACAUCCAGCUAAAGGGCAUUUUACCCCAAAUCCAGAUGAAAGCCUCCGUCACAGUUCCUCAUUUAUUAAUAUCCGGCCUCCCAGUCCACGACGCCCUGGUUUGAAUCUGUCUGACCCUUUUAACCCCAUCUUGCAUCCUCCACGACUAACCUACUCCAGCUUCAACAAAACAGACGGGAGCUCCAGCCAGCCUGGGCAAGCUGAGAAGAAAAAAAAGGGUAGUUAUAGGAAACCCCUGGAGAUGCUCCUCAACCUCGUGGACAAACACUGGACAGGGGAGAGGUCACUGCAUCAAAACAACAACUUCCUGUCUCAGGCAGUCCAGAUCCUCUCCAUGAUGGAAAGCGAUAUUUCCAGUCGGGAAACUGAGGUCAGGACCCUACUGCGGGAAGCUGAUGCACUUCGCUUUCAAGCGGCAGCACGAGAGGAAGAGCACAAAACUGAAGUGCACAACCUCUCCGCUCAGCUGGAGGAAGCUCGGAGAGCGGUGGGCAAACUGAACGAGCAGCUGAGGGUCGUUUUAGAGGAAAACGUUGCUCUGCAGAAGCAGCUCAUCAAGUUAGAACGCCAAUAUCUGAAAUCUAUGAUGAAAAGCUCACAUGUGUCUCAGAUCAGAGAAGCUCAGGCCGAAGUAGAGGAACUGAAGAAAGAGAUCGAGGGGCUGAGGAAGAAAGUGCAGGAAGCUGAGAAAGUCAAAGAACUUUCAGAUAUGCUGCAAGAAAGCCACAGGUCUCUGGUGGCUACAAAUGAAUGCUUGUUAGCAGAGCUGAAGGGAAGUGGGGAACAUUAAUGCAGAAUUUGAACAAAGAGAUGCAUGCCAGGAUAAAAAUAUCAAAGCAGGACUAUGCCGACCGUCACAUUAGCAUGUGCCAGCAAAUAUAAACUGCUUAAAUUAUUUUAUUUUUAAAAUUACUGCAGAUUACUGCAAAAUUGUAGUAAGUGCUAUACCUUUUUUUAUUUUAUUCUUUUUUAUAAAUGUUUCUAUUAUUUAAAAAAAUGUGCAUAAGCUGCAUUUACUCGAUGUAAACAGUAACGGGGAAAGGCAAUUCAUUCAGGAAGCUUUGUGUAUGAGUGUGUGACAGGGCUGUUGUAUUAACAAAUGAUUUUCUGGGGGGGUGUUAGUGAAAAGGUCAUAAUGCAUUUCCUGGAUCUGUGGCGGGAUCGUCUCUCUUUUGGCUCCUUUUUUAGUUUUUUUUCUGUUUGUAGGUCAGUCUCCAUCUGCUUUGCACGCCGCAGUGGAAUGAAUGCAUCUAGAUUCCAGCUGCACUGUGACUUUAUUUAUACCUCUGCCUUCGGGCUGGAGAGAUGCGCAGGCAGACAUGCACUUUCCUCUUGCUAACACUAAAUCAAGCCCUGGCAAACCAGGUUAGAUGUUUGGAUGCUACACAAGCUGAAUGUCUUCUUUUUCUUUUUAUAUGAAUGUUACAGAUCGUUGGUUGGUACUACUUGUAGGGAGUAAACUCCACAAAAAAAGAAAGAAAAGAAAGCAAGAACAUAACUACUGUUUCAACAGACACUCCAAAACCUACUCAGCAGAGGUUCCAGGGUGUGCGUGCAUGGUUUCUUUUUUUUUUUUUUUAAUUUUCAAUAAUGCACUACAAAUCAUGAACACACUUUAAGAGAUCUAAAGAACAAGAACAAAAAAACAAACAGAAAACACACUGCAUGCACUGGGGCAUAAUAGUACAUUACAAGUUAUUUGAAGGAAAAAAGGACAAUAUUGUGUCUCCACAUUAAAAGGUGCACAGUAUUUGGCAUUAAGCACAGAAAACGGAUCAUACUCAAGCUACAAAAACACACUGAUAGCUGCUAGUUUUGCACUUGAUGCACGAGUCUUCAUCAGCUGAGGCUACAAGUAGUGUGUGACAUGAAUCUGUCAUUCUGCUGGAAAAAUAUUCUACAAAAGUAUAAUACUCGUUUGCAAUUUUCCCUUUUUCUGAUACAGUGUGUAAGGAAACAUUAAAAUCCCUGCGUUUGUUUGUUUUUUCUUCAGUUAAAUCUGUGCCUUGGAUGACUGUGCGCAUUAGGAGAUUUUUAUCAACAAAUAUUAGAGCAUUAGCUGACUUUGUACACGUACAGGUUCAUACAUAUUGAUUUCAAACAAUACAAGAUUUUGUCGUCUCACAAUUUCAUUACUUAAUGUUUUUUUUUAACAACACAAUGUUGUCCACCCAGUAGUCUCUUCUUACACCAGGCACAGCAGUUCCAAUAUAAUAUGACAGACUCCUACUGUCAUCUAUAUGCUGCUGAAUCAAAUGCAAUAUACAUAACAUGCACAAAGUACAGCAAUACAUAAUACAAAUAGAAAAUAAAACUUGAAGCCAGUGUCUUAAAUUAAUGUGGCUUUAACCUUUUUAGAAUAUACACAAUCUUACCACAAAUAUAUUAGAACUACUGUAUAGAAAUCUGAUCAGGAAGUAAAAUGUUAAAAAUACAAUCUUGUACAGUUAGGCUCAUCUCAUCUGUGGUUAGAGCUUUCUCUUUACCAAUUUAUUACUUAAAAUGCAUGUUAGCAAAACAGUUUGUGUAUAAUUAAAUAAAAUAUGGUAUGAUAAAGCUAGAUAAAGACUAAGAGGGAAAAAACAGGGAAGUCCUUUUAGGUUUUGUGUAAGAGCUUUAAGUAAGCUCGUUAAAUUCUGCAUGGGAGAGCUUUUGUUUUUAUAUGUAUUUACAAAAGCAAGAAGGUAUGAUAAAGGUCACAAAUAUUUAGUCUGAGAGGGGUGACUAACUUUCACAAAAAAAUCUCCCCAAAAAACGAUUUUCUUGGUUCGAACUAAAGGCAGAUUACUGAAAAGACAAGUGUGAGCUCAUAAAAUAACAAACAGCAGAUUUCAUGAAGACGAAACGGUUACUAAGUGCAGAUGGCGAACAGACAACGCUGAAAUCUGAAUGAAUUUAAGGUUUCGAAAGAGAAAAAUCAAUGAUCUCUGUCAAAAACCUGUGCCAAUUAUCUUUGAAAUGGCAAAACAAGCUAAACCGUGUAAUCAGCUAAACAUGGGAACAAAUGUUUCUAUUAAAAAGUGCAAAUGUAUAUUCACCAAA